CAUGAUCUACAGUGGUGCUAUUAAGAAAGCAUAGAUUAAUCUUUUUAUCUGAUAAUGGAAGGAGAGAAUGGGAUCCGAAGACCUAACUUUCCAUUACAGUUGUUAGAGAAGAAGGAAGAAGAAGAUGUGUGUUCAAGCUCAGGCUACCCAUCUCUAGCCAUAUCAGCCGAGACAACCACAAUCCGAUCUUCCAAUAAUUCCAAUCUCCAAGUCCAAAAAGCCGCCGAGCCUUCAAAGAAGCCUCCACCCAAACGAACCUCAACCAAGGAUCGACACACUAAGGUCGACGGCCGAGGACGUCGCAUUCGCAUGCCGGCAACUUGCGCCGCUCGUGUUUUUCAACUCACUCGAGAGCUCGGUCACAAAUCCGACGGUGAAACCAUCGAAUGGCUCCUCCAACAAGCAGAACCCGCAGUGAUCGCCGCCACCGGUACCGGUACUAUUCCAGCCAAUUUCACGUCCUUAAACAUCUCUCUCCGGAGCUCCGGGUCUAGUAUGUCGGCACCGUCUCAACUAAGGACCUCAUAUUUCAAUCAAAAUUUCGCAGCAGCAACUCAACAACUAAGGAUGAGAAGCGAAUGGGAACGAAAUAUCGAUGAUUCACAACGUCGAAUUUUAUUUCCAGAUAACUCUUCCUCCACACUGCUCAGUUUUAACACAAACGAUGUUAACCCUAACAUGUUACAUUCUACUAAGCAGGAGAUGCGUGACCCUUGUCUAGACAUGUCAUCGGACGACGCCGAGUUGGGUAUCGGCGGCGGCAGAAAGCGUCGGCCGGAGCAAGAUACUAGUCAACAUCAAAUGGGUAGUUACUUGUUGCAAUCAAGUUCAUCUGGUCCAAUUCAAGCUAGUCAUGGUCAGAUUCCGGGAACUUUUUGGAUGGUUACUAACCCUAACAACCAAGGAAUGAGUGGUGGUGAUCCCAUAUGGACAUUCCCUUCUAUGAGUAACACUAGUAUGUAUAGAGGAUCUAUGUCCAGUGGACUACAUUUCAUGAAUUUCCCAACCCCUAUGGCUCUCUUGCCUAGCCAGCAGUUUGGUUCAAGCAUUGGUGGGAGUGGUGGCACGUCUGAGGGCCACUUGGGAAUGCUUGCUUCAUUCAAUGCGUAUCGCCCUUUGUCCGGUGGCGGCGGCGGUACUUCUGACCCUCAGGCAAGUGGUUCUAAUCAACAUCAUCAAGAAGGGAAUGAACGACCUGAUUCAAGCAAUCACCAUUCCUAGAUGAUUAUCAGAUUUGAGGAAACAUGUAUGGCUUGAAUUUUGAAUUUUUUUUGUUUCUUUAAAAAUCUUUUUUUAAUAUAUUUUGCACUUGCAACACUCUCAUGCCGUUUGAUUGCUUCAAAUCUGAGUUCUAAUAUUCCCAUUUUUUUUUUGCCCCACUCCAUUAUCAUCUUCUGUUUGUGUAAGUGAGUAGUAAGGGUUUAGGGUUUGAGAUCGAAGACAGAGAUUUUUAACAUGGGUUUUGACUGUUUUCUUUUGUUACUGUUUCUGAUUGAGCUGUUACUAAACAAAAUCUUAUUAAUUAUAUAUUGGCUGUCUUACAGUUUUGGUUUAA